CAGGGCACCUUUUGUCAUCUGAUGCUUAAUAAUCACAUAAAUUCAUUUGAUCGCUUUGGGUGUAGAGAGUCUGUCUCAGAUGUGCUGCUGUGGUCCCAAAUGCAUGCAUGCACAGUGAAGGCAGGGCGGACCAGUUUUUAGGGGGGACCGUUCGGUCUGUGAUACAAGAUCAGGGUUAAAUUUACCUCAUUUGUGGGCUGGGCCAGGAUUAACACUUGCUCAUUGGCUGGGUCAGGGUUAAACCUUGCUCGUAGGUUAUACCUAACUUCAGCGGAGGUUGAUGUUACGUUGUCAUUCUGUUUGUUUUGCUUCAAAAUAUCCUAACAACUGGCAGAUGGAUUAAAGGAUGUGAAGUUUCUGAAGGGGCAGAGGUCAGAGUUUGUAUUUUUUUUUAAAGCUAACAUUUACUGAUACCAUCAUAACGAAUAUGUCCUUUGUGUCUUUCUUUUAGUUUCUCACGUUAUGACAUCACAAUGACCUGAUGAUAAUGAGAAUGUUUUUGCUGACUCUUACUCCGGUGGAGGGAUUUGCUCUCUGAGUGCUCUUCUAUUUUCCAUUCAAUUUUUUGUUUGUUUAUUGAGAAAUGUUUUUUGUGUUUGGCCCCUGGAAGCUGCUAUACAUUUUAAACUCAUCAGACAUACUAAAUUAUUCUGUAAAAACAAACAUUAACAUCUGACAAACACACAUUGUGACCUCCAGCUGUCACUGUGCGACCUUUGACUGAUGCAGGCUAAAUAUUGUGAUCCUGAUGAAUAUUAAUGAGUGGCAAUUAUCAUCCAUCAGCGCUGAAUGCAUGAAUAAUGUUUGAUUGACAGUAGGAGGCGGACUCUCUGAGCAUAUAAAUGCAGGUGGAGUCAGUGAGGAAGAAGAAGCUGCAGCUGAAGUUCCAGAAAGAAGAAGGAAGCGUAACGUGGCGUCAUCAGCACACUUUGGAAUACACGAUGGACAGCGUCCGUACGGUGGUCUACUUGUCUUUCUGUCUGUCUGUGCUGACAUCAUUCUGCCAGGGUCAAAGGCCAGAGGACAACCAGCUGCCCUCGCUGCUGGAUGAGUCCAUCCUGGGAUUCAGGGAACUGGCUGAAACUCUGCAGGGUGUCCUGCAUGAAGCUGACAGCAGGGCGGCGCUCUCUGUGGAGAAGAAGGCCAGCGUCAUCCCUCGGUGUGAUGUGGGCGAGCGAUGUGCGAUGAAACACGGCCCUCGGAUCGGCCGAUUGUGUGACUGCCUGAGAGGAACUGCCUGCAACACCUUUUUCCUGCGCUGCUACUGAACUCCCUCAUCUGUCCUUCUGUACUCGUGAGAUGCUCACUGACUCACACACCCAUUACUUCCCAACACCGGGGUCAUGACCUCAAGUUGGAGGUCAUCUGAUAUAUCAAUGACAUCAUGAGCAAAUGAAUUUGUUCUUGUGUUUUUGUCUCAUGUGAAUGUGUAUCUGAUGUGUAUCUGAAGUUAAAUCAACAACAACACUGAAUGAGCUUCAUUUUUACUUUUUCUAAACAUGAUGCACCAACAUGUGAUUGGGCACAGUGAGGUCACAUGAUCAUGUUAUCCUUUGUCAUAAUGUUUACUGAAUCUGUCAUCUAAAAUGUUAUCAGACCUCAUAAUUUUAAAAAUAUGUAUUAAAGGGAAAUAAAUGUCAUUAUUUC